GACGUCCCAGCUGAACGUAUCCAGGGAUCCAUCACCAUCAAAACAAAACGCCUUCUGGAAAGCGGACUCAUAUUUUUCAUCUGAAUUGGGAAACAUCAACAGGUACGCUGGAAUUCUCCGACAGCCACUCGGACAUGUCCUAUGUCUUCAUCACGGACUCGUCCCAGACCAGCGUCCCGCUACUGCAGGGUUGCGUGGACGGCGAAUUGCCCUUCGCCAAGCGGCUGCUGGAGACGGGCUGCGACCCCAACAUCCGGGACAGCCGGGGCCGCACCGGGCUGCACCUGGCCGCCGCCCGCGGCAACGUGGACAUCUGCCGCUUCCUGCACAAGUUCGGGGCGGAUCUCCUGGCGACGGAUUACCAGGGCAACACGGCGCUGCACCUGUGCGGCCACGUGGACACCAUCCAGUUCCUGGUGUCCAACGGGCUGAAGAUAGACAUCUGUAACCACAACGGGUCGACGCCCCUGGUGCUGGCGAAGAGGCGGGGCGUAAACAAGGACGCCAUCCGCCUGCUGGAGGGGCUGGAGGAGCAGGAGCUGAAGGGCUUCAACAGGGGCGCCCACGCCAAGCUGGAGACCAUGCAGCUGGCCGAGAGCGAGAGUGCGAUGGAGAGCCACUCCUUGCUGAACCCCAGCCUGCAGAGCAGUGAGGGGGUGCUGUCCAGCUUCAGGACCACGUGGCAGGAGUUUGUGGAGGACCUGGGGUUCUGGAGGGUCCUGCUGCUGCUGGUGGUCAUCGCCCUGCUGUCCCUCGGCAUCGCCUACUACGUCAGCGGGGUGCUGCCCUUCUCCGCCAGCCAGCUGGAGCUGGUGCACUGAGGGAGGAUGAGGGAGGGAUGAAGAGGAAGAGAGGAGGAGAGGGAUGAGGACCAGAGUUGAGGUUGGGAUGUUAGCGAGGGGCUGCUGCUCGUGAGGAUGGAGGGGUGAGGAUGGAAGGGUGAGGAUGAGAGAGGGGAUGGAACAGAGGAGAAAAGGGAGGGAGGGGUCAUAGUAUUGGACCAUAGUCUCAAGCGGUAUGCUAGCGAGGUGGUUUCGCUCCUCUGGAUGGAGGAGAGAGGGACUCUAAAAUUAGAAGAUUUUUUGUACUGGGCCAAGAUUGUUUAUAGAGGUGGAUGACAGUGAGGAGGUUAGAGGAUGACAUUACAUUCAUACACACACACACACUCUACAUAUCUCUCUCACACACACACAUGGUGUUAAUUCCUCACUUACUUGCGUUGCCCCUUACACUAACUUCCUCGCUUACAUGCAAAAAAAACCACAUUCACACACUAACAGCAUCAUGACUCCCUCCUUUCCUCCAGUUUUGCACACUAAAUAUUCCUUAAAUGUGUCUACAUUUUCUAGCAGCUUUUUUAUGUUAUCCCCCCCCUCCUUCCCUCCAUGGCCAGUUCUGAAUGCUCAUGUACAUACAGGGGCCCAGUCAGUGUUCAGAGACUGGACGUUCUUCUGUUCUGUAGUGUGGGGGUCAGCAGGGCAGGCCCUGGGGUCAGACAUGCACCACAGAUAGGCUCUCUCACCCACACCUCUUUCUGGAAGAAACAGACACCCGUAUCAAAUUACAAGUUGUGACCUUUGUAGCAUUCCUAAACAUCUAAGUCAGUGUGUCGUAUUAGCACGCCUACAACAGCUACGGUAGAGUCGAGUUAGUUUGAUUCCCGAAGGACUCUUUCUGAUUGUUUUUCUUUUUCCGUUCACCGUCACAAAUGAAGCGCCCAUCAUCGUCCCCCAGAGCUCUGUUCUGUUACAAGCUGAACACUGCUGAAAUGUGUUUCAAACGUGUAAUACAUUGAAUUGCUUUCUUGAAACAAUUGAUCAUAUUAAUAGCUUGAGGGCAUAAUAAAAUGUUUAUAUAAUGUAUGCAAAACCUGCCCUAACAGUGAGGCCUUUGUUUGCUUAGUCCUGUUCUGCGAAGGUUGUCAUAGUAACAACAUCAUGCCACCAGAUGAGUCAUACAGUAUGAACUGUAACUUGCAGGGCCACACUGAGUAAUUUGAGACGCUAGCAGCUGUUCCUCCAGAGCUAAAUACCUUUACAUCGCUCCAAAAUAACUCUCAAAAUGUUUGUAUCGACAUUACAGACUGUAAUAGGUUUUAGUCUUGAAGCUUACGAUAGAAACAGCAGGUGUAUUCCCAGCCUGUUGUCUCAGAUCUCGCUGUGAGGAAAGAGAAGAGACCUGUCAGGUAGGGUGUAGUCUGCUUGGCUGUGUGCCUGCAGAGAGAGGUCUCCUCUCCCCUCACCAGCCUUCCUGUUUCUGCUGUGUGACUCAGCAUGCCUUGUACCUUGCUGUCGAACAUCAUGGGGGGGGGGGGGGGGAUGUUGCUAAAUGUAUCAAAUACAAAACCAAGUCUCAUGGAGAUUUAUUCCAAGUGUUCUGUUGUACUUUAGUUUUGUUGUAUUCCCUGUAAUAUCAUGUUAUGUUGUAUUCCCUGUAAUAUCAUGUUAUGUAAACCAAUGUAUGUUUGGUUUUCCUGCCCUGUUGCUUAAGUACGUUAAAUAACAUUUGUCGUUUGAGUUCAUGUUAAAAUUAAUAAAUCAUGUCGGAUUCUGAUUUAA